ACUUGCAAAGCGCUUGCCAGCUGCAGUAGAUCGUCGUGUCAGCCUCAGCAAUGAGGCUUCACUGUCCCCCACUCUUGUUUGCAGCUCUGUGGAGCAUCAGCUGCCCACACUUUCUAACUGCAUGGCCAAGUCGGUCUCAUAGCAAACCCAAGGAUCAGUUGGACCCUAAUGUGAGAGACUGGGGAGAUUACUCAGACCUUCCCACUGGAUUUGAGCUCGGGCUCGGGUUGGAUGAGGAGCGAGACCAUGGAAGCACCAGAGGAGCUGGGCAGCUGUUUCCAACUUUGGCUCCUGAGCUUGAUUUUAUGGCAGGUUUUGGAGGCAAAAAGCGACUUUGGUUGAUAACUGCUCCGUCACACAACGACCACUACCUGCAAAUGAUGGAGAAACAGCUGGAGGACAUGGAACAGAAAGGGCUCAACUGCCAAUUAGCAGAGCGAGACACUUUCAUCAUCACCAUCAUACAGAAUGCCAUGAUGGAGGGAAGAAUCCAGAAAACAACCAUGCAAGGAGAUACCACAGUGGAGAGCCUGGAUCCUGACACCGUAACUAAACUGCUGCACUACUUCGACCUCACAGAUCAGGACCAAGCCUUUUCCAUGCUUGUUGUAAAGAAAAACCUGCACGUCAGCGAGCGAUUCCCCUAUCCAGUUCGAGUUGAGGCAAUCUUCGAUCUCAUCGAUCAAAUGCCCAAGAGGAGGCUCGAGAAGAUUGCCAGGAAAGGAGCGGGUCUGAGGUGUAAGACCUUCAAAAAAGUUGUAGUGAAGAGGAAGAAGAUGGUUAAGAAGAAGGUUGUCUUGAGCCCUCAAAGACAAGGUAAUGUGACUUCAGUGGUGAUGUUGCCAAACAAACGUCCUGUAGACAAAAAAGCUGCUCUGAAGAACAAGAUUCAGGAUAUACUGAGUGGACGGUCAAGAUUCGUCAUUCGCAAGGAGCCAAACGUGGGCUCAUCGAAAGGCCAAGGCGCCAACAGUGGAGGAGAAGCGGAGCGAGGAAAACAUGAAUCACCAAACACUCCACCGGUGUCGAAGAAUAAAGAAGAAGAGAAGAAAGACAGCCAUGACUCCAAAAUGGAUGUAAAGAAUGGAUUGGAGAAAGGUGUUGAUAAAGUAAAGGAUGAUAAACAAGGGUCCAAGAAGAAGGGUAAAGGAAAGAAAGGAAGGAAAGGAAAAGGAAGGGGGAAAAAGUCCAACAAGGAGGCAAGUGAAACAGAUAAAGCAGCUCUGAAGGAGUUCUUGAACAAAUUUCGAGGCAGGAGGCGUUUGAUGGUGAUAUCCACACCCAGCAGAGAUGCAACACUCUUCAUCCAACAGGAACAGGAGAACGACAAGCAGCAAUGUGAACUGGCUAAGAGAAGAAUCACAGUGGUGACCAUCGUGGGUCAGGACAGGGAUACUACACUCACUCUGCACCAUUACCAGCUGGAGUCUGAACCUCCACCCAAAGACCAACCGCAUCAGCUCUCAGAUUCAGGUUUAAUCUCAUUGUUGAGAGCUGAGCUGGGUCUGUCCUCCGCUGACCUCUUUUCCAUGACCGUCACAGACUAUGACAUCAAGCAAGACAGAGUGUUUGAAGCUCCACCAUCCACCCAGGCUUUUUUUGAGUAUGUGGACAGCUUUCCCUCACGAGAAUCGGAAAAACAGGAAGAAAGGAAAAGCACCGUGGUUUGCGUCGGAGACAAGCAGCACCCGAAAGCUGAGAACUUACUAACCAGGUUUAUGUCCAAGCGGCGUCUCCUGCUCGUCUCAUCUCCCUCAGAGGACGAUUAUUCUUUCCAGCAGCAGCUUUUGGCUCUCAGAGGACAAGAGUGUCACCUCGGCAUUAGGCACUUUGCUAUGCUGAAGCUGACGGGAACAGGAGACAAAGCUUCAGGAAGUGUUGAACAGUUUCCUCUCAAUGGUCGCAGUCAGAGCGAGGUUGAACCACUUUCUCGUGACGCGGUGAACAACCUGAGAGAGCAGUUGAAGAUCAGCAAGGAAUACUUCAGCAUGUUGCUGGUGGGGAAGGAUGGUGACGUCAAAGCGUGGUUCCCUUCACCUAUGUGGUCUUUGGAUAACAUCUAUGACCUGGUGGACUCGAUGGAGCUCCGCAUUCAGGAGGAGCAGCUGCAGAGGAGACUGGGCAUCAGCUGCCCAGAUGACAGAGGCAGAGGAGGCGUUGACGGACGGCAUUAA